CUGUCGUUCAGCCGUAGAACUAGGCAAGGAAUUUGGCUGAGCGUAACAGGCCAACAGGGCCGUGGACUGCUGAUAGGGGCCAAGCACCGCGGAAAGAAGAGUUCCUCGGCCCAGUCGAACCCAUUUCGUGCAGCGAAGCUCUCGUUACGUCGACAGAAAUGACACGGCUAGGCGAGAUCUUCUGGUGGGAGAGAGCUACAUAAAAAUCGUUGAGUUGGUAUAAUCCUUCAGAGCGUGCGCCCAGUUUGCGCACCUGUUGCUUUUCCAUGGCGUUUCUAUGCCCCGUGAGAAUACGACGAGGGAAACGAAAGAAAGAAAGCAAUGAAAAACUAUCUGCACGUACACCGAGCAUUGGCCGCAUCACAGGCAGUGCCAGCAUCGAAACGCUGGUGCGUGUGGGCAUCGAGAAAGAACAUGGCUUGUCACCGGAUUCCAAAGUGGUAGUGCUGCAUGAUUUCACACCGUGUGUAGAUGAUGAGCUCGAGGUGCGGCGUGGUCAAAUCGUCAAUGUGCUCUACCAGGAGAACGAUUGGGUGUAUGUCAUCGCUUCUGAGACUGGCAAUGAAGGCUUCAUCCCUCACUCAUACUGUGCUCCCUAUGGCAGCCAGCUUGGUGACCUGGCCUUGACAGUGCGUCACAAAAAGCUGCCGCGUGGUGUGGAUGAUGAACUUCUAGACCAGACAUCAUCACGAGGCACGCACUCUGUUGACAGCGGGCAGCAGUCAGACGCUGAAAGUUUUGGUGGUGCUGCUGUCGCCGCCAACAGUGGUCAGGAGCAGUGCGCUAGGGUUCACUCGGCACCCGGCCGCUCAAGCACAGCCGCUCUGCCCGAUGUGCAUCCAUUCUUCAAAGAUCCAGCUGGCCGCUACGUGGUGUUGUACACAUUUGUGGCACGUGAUGAGAACGAUGUGAGUGUGGAGCGUGGUGAACUGGUGACCGUGUUGAACCACGAGGACCCUGACUGGUUCUGGGUGCUCCGCUCUGACGGCCAGGAAGGAUUUGUGCCCAGUGCAUUUGUGUGUCCAGCAGUCGCCGAUUCUGUGCAGGAGAGCCAAGGAACUGUCCAUGGUGCCAUGCAGCCAGGCAGCAAUGCCGUCUCUACCAGUGGUCAUCACGGCAAUGUGUCGAGCACUGCAGCUGCCACUGAAGAGCUGCGCUUCCACGGCAGUGAGCUGGUGAUGCUUUACGACUACAAGGCUCAAGCACCUGAUGACUUGACUGUGCGCCGCGGUGACUGGGUCUAUGCUGACCUCUCUAAUCAAACAGUGGAAGGGUGGCUAUGGGCCUAUGCACCAAAGGUGCACAAAUAUGGGUUCAUCCCGAAGGCUUAUGCUCGACCGCCUGCCAUGACCUCAUUGUGAUUCUUGUACUCAGGGACAGUUCAUAAAGUCUAGAACAUAAGCAGUAAAGUCUUCAGAAAGGAAGCAAGAAGAAUGAAUGCACAGAAGGUAAGGGCUCAAAAAAUUAUGUCUCUAAGUUGGGAGUGGUUACAGUGAGGGACAAUGCCUGUGCCCUUCCGUUUUUUUUUUUUUUUUUUUCGUGCUUUCUGAAUAAACCCCAUGCACUGUUUACACUUCAUUAAUGUAUCACUUUAUACGGACAUUUUUUUUUUUUUUUUUUCCCCGUGAGAGAGUUGUACUUGACACAGCUUUCAGCUGUGUGUUGAAUGCAUUUAAUGUUUUGGAAAGAAAACACAUUCAGCUAGCACAUUGAAGGCACCAUGUGUUGUAAAUUUAUAAUUUUUAUUCUGUGGUAAAACACUGCCCUGCCAACAGAGCUGGAUUCACACUGAACUGCAUCUGCUUGCAGCAGAAUUUAUUGCCAGUGGGCCUUGUCCAAUUAGGAUGUCACAUUGAUUCAGUGCACUGCAUGAAUGCAGUAUUAGAGAAACUGUUACCAUAAACUUUCGGUGUCACAAUUCUAACGAGCCAUUUAUGACAAUUGUACAGCUCUCUAGGAAAAUGCCACAAGGUAUGAAGACUCUAGCUAUGUAGACAAAGUGAUCUUGUAUUACUCCUGUUUAGUAGUAAGCCAAAGCCAUUUAAACAAUACUCAUUUUGUGCAACCUUAGAAUAUCUAAACUUUUGCUGCUUUCCUUUUUGUCUAAAAAGGAAACAAACAAGUAUGUGUGCCUUAUUGUGAAGUGGCAAACUUAUGCUGCACUUGUCGAGACGCCACUGAGGUUUUCACCUAUACUCUGUUUUACCAUUACUUGGCAAACGGCAAAGGCUGUGAAACCUGGGUACACCACGCUAAAGAGAGCCACCUGCUUUUUGACAGUUCGAGGAACCUAGAUUGUUAAAAAAAAAUUAAAUUAUGGGGCUUUACGUGCCAAAACCACUUUCCGAUUGAUUAUGAGGCACGCCAUAGUGGAGAACUGCGGAAAUUUCGACCACCCGGGGUUCUUUAACGUGCACCUAAAUCUAAGUACACGAGUGUUUUCGCAUUUCGCCCCCAUCAAAAUGUGGCCGCCGUGGCUGGGAUUCGAUCCCGCGACCUUGUGCUCAGCAGCCUAACACCAUAGCCACUGAGCAACCACGGCGGGUACCUAGUUUGUGUGUGUUUUCUUUAAAAUGCGAAUCUCUCUGUUCAAGACAAUUUUUGUCAUCCUCAUUACUAAUAAACAGGCUUUUUUUGAAAUAUAA